GCGCGUGCGCAUCAUCGGUUCGACGAUCCUUUUCAUCGAUGCGCUCGGAAGCAACUUCUUCAGCCUAAUCACAGCCGACGUAGACGCUACCCCAUUGCCUGCGCCGCCGCCAUUUUGACUGCAGGAAUAGUCAGGUUCUGGGACAGCUGGCGGCAGUGGUGGUGACUGGAUCAACUUUACAAAAGGAAAGCUAUUUUGCGACAGUCCUCUCCGCUAGAAAUGGCCAAUGUGCUUUGUAACAGAGCCAGACUGGUUUCCUAUCUCCCAGGGUUUUGCUCUUUAGUUAAAAGGGUUGUCAAUCCCAAAGCCUUUUCAACUGCAGGAUCAUCAGGUUCCGAUGAGUCUCAUGUGGCCACUGCACCUCCAGAUAUAUGCUCUCGAACAGUGUGGCCUGAUGAAACUAUGGGACCAUUUGGACCUCAGGAUCAGAGAUUCCAGCUUCCAGGAAACAUGGGUUUUGAUUGUCACCUCAAUGGGACUGCUUCACAGAAGAAAAGCCUGAUUCAUAAAACUUUGCCUGAUGUUCUAGCAGAACCUUUGUCAAGUGAAAGACAUGAGUUUGUUAUGGCACAGUAUGUGAAUGAAUUUCAGGGUAACGAUGCACCUGCUGAACAAGAAAUUAACAGUGCAGAAACUUACUUUGAAAGUGCCAGAGUAGAGUGUGCAAUCCAAACAUGUCCAGAAUUGCUGCGAAGAGAUUUCGAAUCACUAUUUCCAGAAGUAGCUAAUAGCAAACUAAUGAUUCUGACUGUAACACAGAAAACUAAGAAUGAUAUGACUGUUUGGAGUGAAGAGGUAGAAACUGAAAGAGAAAUGCUCUUAGAAAAGGUAAUUUUUUCAGCUGCUAACAGCUUAGACUUCUGGGGAUCUCAGAUGAAUGCCAGAGGGUACUCAGUGAGGUCUCUUCAUUCUGAGUGGCUAAUGAAAAUAUUCCUUUUUUACUUCCUUCAGUUUUUUGGACCAUAUACAAACAACACUCUUUUUGAAACAGAUGAACGCUACCGACAUCUAGGAUUCUCUGUCGAUGAUCUUGGAUGCUGUAAAGUGAUUCGUCAUAGUCUCUGGGGUACCCAUGUGUUUGUAGGAAGCAUCUUCACUAAUGCAACACCAGACAGCCAUAUUAUGAAGAAAUUAAGUGGAAACUAGCAGUAAUGUCAAUUUAUUUGCUAUACUAUUUGUAUGUAACAUUUGGGUUGAUCUAUAAACACUGUCAAAGACUUCAAUUUUUAAAAGAUACUUAUUUCUAAGUAUUUAUUUCAACAUUUAUGAAUUUACAGCAUUCUCAAGUGAUUUGUGAUUUUUAAAUUGCAAAUGCUCAUUAUUUCUAAUAUCUUUGAAUACAUGUUGAGCACAUCCACAUCACAUAGAAUGUGGUAAUUAGCAUGUAACCAGGGUAUGAUCUCUUAUUGUUCUUUCUCCCCUUUAUUGGAAAAAACCUCAGUUUUAAUUGUUUUUCUCCAAAAAUAAAUAACACAUUUGGUUA